UCAACCUCCCCGUACGCCCGCGUAUGAUCCGUUAAAUCCUUCUCUCUCUUCCCUAGAUUCUCUCUCUCUUCCCUGGAUUCUCUCUCUUCCCGGGAAACCCAGAGAAAAAAGAAAAAAAACCCAGUCGACCUUCGUAUGAUAUAAUGCAGGCAAUCGUAUAAUGUUUUCCGAUCAAAUUAACUACAACACUUUCCCGAUAAACUGAUCGUAACCGAAUCUUUAAAACAAAGAAAAUCGAGGAGAAUGAUUAUGGGGUAUAGUGACGGUGGUUGUGAUCCUGUUUUGUCAAGUUUUGAAGGUCAUGAAAGAGACAACAAUAGCGGCGGCGGCGGCGGCGGUGGUGGCGGUGGUGGUCAUGCAAGCGAUUCGGAUACUAAUUCCGAGUUAAACAAUGAUAAUGUUACUGCUCCUCCUGCUGCUAAAAGACUUAAAACUACUGCAACAAUAUCUCAGGCUAUAAGUCUCCUUUUCGAGCUCUUACCUCCUCCAAAGAUAAAGCUAAAGCUAAGAGGGGCUGAGAGGUUGAUAAGUAUAAUGGGUACCCCUCAACCAGCAAAUAACUCCAAAGCUAUUAACUUCUCUGCUUUGUCUCUUCAAAUUGGUUCUUGGAAGUUUAACGCAAUGCGUGAUGGAGAUUUGGUGGUCAAGUGUUUCUUCAAGGCUAAAAAGAUGGCUUGGGAAGUAUGUCUUUUUGACGGGAUUGGGCCUAAGAGAAAGGCCAAAAUUGAGUUUGAUAGCUCCAAUAUUCAAGAUAUGGAUAUUUUUGUCCCUGAAAACAGUCCAGGAUAUCUUCGUAUAAAGAUGAAGGGAAGUCCCUCGUUCUUCUUUGAAGUUGAUCCACAACCUAGGAAGCACACAAAAUGGCAAGCAACAACUGAAGAUUUUACCGACAACCAAGCUUCUCAAGCCUCUUCUGUGCAUGUAGUUAAAUGCAAAGCAGGUGUAUUGGAGAAGAAUUAUGUUAAGUUAAAGACUGCUUAUCCUGUCAAAAAAUUCCGCGAAUUGCCCUUGCCAACCCUCAAUCAAGACUAUCAAUUGCUUGUUGGUUCAGUGGUGAUUGGGGCUGAACAUGGUAGGGAGAACCCGUGUUCGAUCCCCCGCAACAACAAUUGACCGGGGAUUGAAACCUAUCCACCCAGAACUCGCCCCGAAUCCAGAUUAGCCCUAAGGAUGAACCGGGUGCUAACACCAAAACAAAACAAAAAAAAUACUAUGCAGACUUAGUUUUUAUAUCAUAUAUUCAUGCAUAUAUACUACCUCCGUUUGGCUUUGUUUUUAUAUCAUACAUUCAUUCAUAUAUACUACCUCCUUUUCAAUAAGUUAUUUACAUUUACUAUUUGCGCGAAAUCCAGUACAAUGUUUGACCGUCAAUAUAUCCAAUUUUGUAUAGCAAAAUAUAAAAAGUUGAUAUUUUAUUAAAAUACAUUUCGAGACGAAUCUAACAAGAUAUCUCAUGAUAAUUUUUUAUAGAUAUAAUAGUGAUAAUUUAUGGUCAUAGUUUUGACUGUUGAACACAUUUUUAAAAGCGUAAAUAAUUUAAUAAAACGGAGGUAGUAUUUGCUAAUAUGAAUGUACGUACCCCUAUAUCUAUUUUAGAGCUGAUCAACGAUGGCCCGGCCCGAAAAAUACUUGGGGUUUGGGCAGACUUGGCCCGACCCGACCCGAACUUUUUAAAAAAUUUGCGGGCUUUGGACAACGUAAAACAACAAUUUUAGUUAUAAAUUAAGCCCGGCCGAAAUAGCGGGUUUUGGGCACAAAAAACGGCCUGAAGUUUGGCCCGGCCCGACAUAAUGGGCAGAUUUUUAUGCCCUCGACCCGGCCCCGCCUUUCGAUCAGGUCUAAUCUAUUUAUUAUUACUAUUAUUUAUAAUUUUAUAUGCUUCACUUGUUGAAUUUGCUA